UCAGGAAGCCAGUGCUGCAUUUCAUGGUGCAGGGUGUAAACGCGCGCAGCUAUCCGCCUCCUACCGAACCUCUCAGCGAACCCUCACACAUGCGAGCCCGCCAAGAAAGAUGGUGCCAAGUGUCAAGGUCUGGGCAUUGCUGUCCGUGUCGCUGUGCUGUCUGUGUCAGCCGGUUCAUUUGAAGAAGGGUUUUCGAUGUCCUUCAACAUGCAGCUGUUCCAGGGAGUCUAUCAUGUGCGUCGGGUACUCCAAUGUGCCAAGGAUUUCCCCAAACGAAAUCAAUUCCUUGAGUAUCGUCAAUGGGACGUUCUCAGAGAUCAGAGAGGCUAUGUUUUCUCACAUGUCAAAUCUCCAGCUCCUGCUUUUGAAUUCCAAUGCUCUCAUGACUAUAAGGGAUGAUGCAUUCUCAGGCCUCCCACACCUGGAGUAUCUGUUCAUUUUGAUUAAUAAGAUUGAGACAGUGUCCAAAUAUGCCUUCAGAGGACUCAGGGACCUGACACACUUGUCUUUGGCCAACAACAACAUCAAGGCCUUGCCCAGGGAUCUCUUUCUAGACCUGGACUCACUCAUAGAGCUGGACCUUCGAGGCAAUGCCUUUGAGUGUGACUGCCGUGCCAAGUGGUUGAUGACGUGGCUGAAGAGCACCAACGCCACAGUGUCCGAUGUCAUGUGUGCCGCACCAGAGGAAAUGAAGGACAAACGCCUCAAUGACAUGACCAGUUUGCACAAUGAAUGCACCUCAACGGACUUUGUCCUCCAUCGGACUGUGGUGUCUGAAUCCCUGUCCAUAGACACGUUUAGCUUUAAGAACGACGUCUACGUGGCCAUUGCUGCUCCCAGCAUGGAGAGCUGUAUGGUUUUACAAUGGGACCACAUAGAAAUGAACUUCAGGACUUACGACAACAUCACUGGUCAGUCCAUUGUGGGAUGUAAGUCUGUUGUCAUUGAGGAGGAGGUGUUUGUCAUCGUAGCUCAGCUGUUUGGAGGUUCCCACAUCUACAGGUUUGAUGAUGACCAAAGCAGGUUCAGCAAAUUCCAGGACAUUGAGGUAUCCAAGAUCUCCAAACCCAAUGACAUUGAAGCGUUUCAGAUUGGCACCGACUGGUACUUUGUCAUUGCUGACAGCUCCAAAGCAGGUCUGUCCACGUUGUACAAAUGGAACAGCAAGGGAUUUUAUUCGUAUCAGUCGCUGCACGAAUGGUAUCGUGACACAGACGCAGAGUUCUUGGAUUUGGACGGCAAGGCACAUCUGCUGUUGGCCAGCCGCUCACAGGUGCCUGUGAUCUACCAAUGGAGUCGCAGCAACCAGAAGUUUGUCCUGCAGGGAGAGAUUCCCAACAUGGAAGACGUGGUGGCUGUGAAGCACUUCAGGAUUAAGGGGGAACUCUACUUGGCCAUGACGCGCUAUAUUGGAGACUCCAAAGUUCUGCAUUGGGGUGCCAAACAGUUUGCAGAGAUCCAGGCUUUGCCCUCACGAGGCUCCAUGAUCCUGCAGCCCUAUUCAUUUAAAGAUCGUUACUACUUGGCUCUGGGAAGUGAUUACACUUUCUCACAGAUCUACCUGUGGGAUGAUGACAAGAAACUCUUCAGCCGCUUCAAGGAGGUGUACAUCCAGGCCCCACGCUCCUUCACUGUUGUGUCCACCGAUCGCAGGGACUUCAUCUUUGCCUCCAGCUUCAAGGGAAACACACAGAUUUUCGAGCACAUCAUCAUUGACUUGAGUUUGUGAGGGGCUUUCGCCUUUUGACCCCCCUGCAAUCAAACGUCUUCCACUUUAAACAAGUUACUGUGGAGGAAAAAGAAAAGGACCAGGACAUAUUUCUGAUCUCUUAAAAACUUUCCUACGUAGGCUUGUUUAUGCUGGAUUAUGUGGAGUUGGAAAUUCCUUUAUUUCUUCAUUGUCUCUUUGAGAUAAAUUAAUUUCCAAUAAGAUUAGGCUGAGAAUAUGUAAGCAUGGAAUGUUUUGGUUUCAGUCCAAAAACAUUCUUGUGGGUUUAAAGAAAAAACAUGACCAGAUGACGUCCAGUGUCUUUUUGUUUGCAAAACCCUGUGGGAUUUGUUUUAUGUACAUAAAAGCAGAACCUCGGAGAACCAUGCAUUGACUUUCCACCCCCUUAUUUAUGUAGGAAACCUGCUGACGACAGAAUUGUUUGCCACGUACUUCAUGUCCCUGUUGUAUUGUACAGUACAGAAUGUUGCCUUCUGGGUUGUAAAAAGACCCGUAGUGCCUCCCUGUGGCCGUGAUGAAGAAUCACAACCCGUUCUGGUUUCACACAGGGAUUCUCUUGAAAGCACAAACCUUUAAUUAUAAUAGCGGAGAUCGCUGUCUAAAGUGUAGUCGUUUAGUAGAAAAGGUGAUGUAAGUCCUAUAGAUAGUAGAUAGAGGGAAACAAGACUUGAGUUGUUUUUUUAAGUAUUAUUAUAGGGAUUAAAAAAACAAAGCUCCAAUGGCCUUGUGGAAAAUAUAUGGAUCUAAACUUAGUUCAGAGAUACUUUAAUUGACAAUACGAGAUGAGUUUGUGUAGCUGAAGAGCAGAGAGUAUAUAGACAUAAUGUCAAGAGAGUCAAACUUCUUGCUGAUCUUGCUCACAUAAAAACCUGUGUAUGAAUUACAUCCUAAAACGAUGGCAAACAUUUUAUGUAAAUAUGGCGACAUAUGUUCAAGUUUGUUUUGAGGUUUUUAUUUCUAUUUCUCUCGAGCAACAAAUCUGUGCAUAACUGUACAGAGACGUGAAUGCAAACAUCCGUUUGACACACAUUAAUCCAAAUCUUUGCACCGGGUAGAAAUAGGUUUCGCCGAAGCUUGCAAGAGCAUGUAAUAAAACGAAGGGUUGUUUGCCAAAUUCUUUUAUGAUGACAGUAACAAGCUAAAAGUCUGAAAGUGCUUCUACCAGCUCUAUGAAUGGCAUUGCUGAUGAAAAAAAGGAAAAGAUACCGGUGUAAAAACAUGCAAUUUCUUUUCCUUGAUUCUUGUUGUCCUUGUUUGUUGAAUACUGAAUGUCCUUCUUAAAAAACAGGUAAUGUAAAUCCAGUUGUGUAUGACAAUAAAUAUGUAAAAAU